GCUUCAACUGCUCAAGGCAAAGUGUGCAUCUUUCAGGUUGAAAUGGACCAAAGACAAAACUCACAGGUGAAACAGACUGUGAUGGCCCUAUGGACCAGAGCAGGACACACUCAACCCAAACUUCAGGAGAGGGACCAGUGGGGCAACAAGAUUGAGUUCAUCCUGGCAGUAGCCGGACACAUUGUCGGUCUGGGAAACGUCUGGAGGUUUCCAUACCUUUGCUACAAAAAUGGAGGAGGGGUUUUCUUCAUACCUUAUGUUUUGUUUUUGUUUACCUGUGGCAUCCCACUCUUCUUCCUGGAGACAUCUUUGGGCCAGUACACCAGUCAGGGUGGAAUAACAUGUUGGAGGAAAAUCUGCCCUCUUUUUGAAGGCUUAGGUUAUGGAAGCCAAGUGGUUGUUUUGUACACUGGGGUGUAUUACAUCAUUAUACUGGCUUGGACGUUUCUCUACCUGUUUUCAUCCUUCAGGUCUGAGCUUCCAUGGGCCAGCUGUAACAACAGCUGGAACACAGAUGGCUGUUUUGAGCAUGGUCACAAUCAAACAUCCCCUCUGCACCUGUAUGGAAAUGGCACGUCUUCGGUUGUAGAAUUUUGGGAGAGGAGAAUCUUGGGCCUGUCAGGUGGCAUUGAGAAAAUUGGCAAUGUGCGUUGGGACCUGGCCCUUUGUCUUCUUCUUGCCUGGAUGUUGUGUUACUUCUGUGUCUGGAAUGGAGUAAAGUCCACAGGAAAGGUGGUCUACUUCACUGCCACAUUUCCGUAUGUUAUGCUGGUGGUGCUGCUUGUUCGUGGUCUUACAUUACCAGGGGCCAAAGACGGAAUCAUGUUCUACCUCUACCCAGACCCAUCCCGCCUCACUGAUCCGGAGGUAUGGAUGGAUGCUGGCAGCCAAAUUUUCUACUCCUAUGGAGUUUGCACAGGUGUUCUGACAUCAUUAGGAAGUUACAACAAGUACAGCAACAACUGCUACAGUUUAACCAGCUUUGUAGCUGGCUUCGCCAUUUUUUCUGUGCUCGGUUUUAUGGCUAAGGAGCAAGGUGUGGAUAUAUCAAUGGUGGCUGAAUCAGGUCCAGGUUUGGCAUUCAUUGCUUAUCCUCGUGCUGUGGCACUGAUGCCACUCCCCCAGCUCUGGGCUAUUUUCUUCUUCAUUAUGAUCCUCUUUUUAGGAUUAGAUAGUGAGUUUGUAUUACAAGAGGCACUGGUCACAACCAUCUCGGACAUGUAUCCCGACUUCUUUCAAAGCGAUUGUCGCCGUAAACUCCUUCUUCUUGCCAUUUCUGUUGGAAGUUUCUUUGCUGGCCUUAUGAUGGUCAUGGAGGGAGGCCUUUAUAUCUUCCAGCUGUUUGACUACUACGCCUGCAGUGGGAUGACACUCCUGCUCUUUGCUGUUCUUGAGUCUGUCUGUAUUGGAUGGGUCUAUGGUGCAGAUCGUCAGUAUGAUAAUAUAAAGGACAUGAUUGGAUAUCGACCGUGGCCUUUUAUGAAAUAUUGUUGGCAGUACUUCACACCAGCUAUCUGUACUUGCACAUUUCUCUUCUCCUUGGUCAAAUAUACUCCGCUCAAAUUCAAUAACACUUAUGAAUACCCCUGGUGGGGCUAUGCCAUUGGAGGAUUUUUCACUCUCUCUUCAACACUUAUGGUUCCUUUGUGGAUGCUGUAUGCUGUAAGUGUCACUCCAGGAACACUGAGACAGAGACUGAAAGUUCUGUGCACUCCAGCAAAUGACUUACCUACUGCAAUGCUAAAGAAGGCAUUAAAUACAGAAGCAUUUCAGACUUUCACAGGCUUAUACACACUGUGCAAGACAGAAAGUCCCAAUGACAAAGGCAAAAGAGCUCUGAGAUCAUCCAUUAUCUAAACUGCAAGAAAAAAGUACUGGAACAAUAAGCCUGAGGAGUGCAGAUCCCAAGCAAUUUUACUUGUCAGCCAAAACUGCCAAAAAUAGCAAUUGUUAUCUGAUUUUUCAGGCUGUGAAUGUAAAUAUACUGUACGAUGUCAUUUCUAUAACCUCUUGUGUGUAGACAAUAUACUGUGUAUCUGAUUUAUGUUACUGAUGAUUUUAAAAAUCACACUGGAAUAAUUUUGAGAGUGCUUAUUAGUCCAUAUUAACAUCACACGAACACCUGCUUUUCUGUUCAACUGUUUUUACCUGUACAGUAGAUACUUAAAUCUUUAGAAUACACAUCUUUCCCCAGACUUCAUGUUCUUUUCCACCCCAGGCACUCCAUUUCAAAAGUGUAAUUUGCCUAAAACCUAUUAUUUUUCCUACCCAAAUGUACCGAGGGAUUUUUGUAAAGUA